AUGGAGAAUGAGACAUUUGUGAACAAAUUCAUUCUCCUUGGCUUCCCAACUCUUCAGAAAUGGCAUCUGUCACUGUUUGUGCUCAUCCUUACUGUAUACAUCCUCACCUUGGCAGGGAAUGGCCUCAUCAUUAUAAUCAUAAGGGUCAGCCAGCAGCUUCAGACCCCAAUGUAUUUCUUCCUGAGCAAUCUCUCAUUCCUCGAGAUCUGGUACACAACCACGGUCAUCCCUAAGAUGUUGGAAACAUUCCUGACAGCCAGGACAACCAUCUGCCUUCACUGCUGCCUGGUUCAGUCCUUCUUUCACUUCUUCCUCGGCAUCACUGAGUUUCUCAUACUGUCUGCCAUGUCCUUCGAUAGGUACAUUGCCAUAUGCAAGCCUUUGCAUUACACCACAAUUAUGUCCAGAAAGCUCUGCUCUCUACUGGCACUGGGCUCUUGGUUACUAGGAUUUGUAAUCAUCUUCAGCCAGGCAGCUUUGCUACUGAAGCUGCCAUUUUGUGCUGGUAACAUCAUUGACCAUUACUACUGUGACAUCGGUCCCAUUUUAAAACUGGCCUGUGCUGACACCAGCCUCAUUGAGUUCCUGGGUUUAUUGGGAACCAUCACCAUAAUCCCAAGUUCUUUUCUUUUCACUGUGAUCUCCUACAUCUACAUCAUCUCAACCAUCCUGAGGAUUCCCUCCAGGAAAGGACAACAGAAAGCCUUCUCCACUUGUGCUUCCCAUCUCACAGUGGUCACAAUUUUGUAUGGAGCUGUGCUGUUCAUGUACUCAAAACCAACAGCACACUCUUCUUUCAGCAUUAAUAAAGUAAUCUCCGUACUCAAUACAGUGUUAACCCCAUUGCUGAACCCUUUCAUCUACACUAUACGGAACAAAGAGGUGAAAGCUGCUUUAAGGAAAGCUAUAAAAUGCCGAAAAUCAGGGCAUGCUCAGAUUUGCUUGGAGAUUGGCAUGACUGUGGAUACAUGGAUAAGCUCUCAUGGUGCUGAUAUUGAGGGUUUUGUGUAA